AUGCUUAACGAGUAUAAUGAUGCUGAUUAUGGUUAUUCGCAACUUUUAUGCUACGACCUUUGCAUGCAAGCUUACAUAUAUGAACAAUGUGGAUGCAUUAAUCCUUCUUUAUGGAAUAUUCGAUACACUGUAUUGCCAGGAACAAAAGACAUCAACUUAGGAACCCUUUGCAAUUACACUAAUCCUUGUUAUCGUCGAGUAGCUGAUACAUUCAUGACAUCAUCAUUAAUCAAAAAGAAAUGUGCGGAUUGUACAUCACAAUGUUCUCUAAUAUCCUUUCCUCUUGAUAUAUCUUCAUUUACAGCACCACUUGAAUGGCAGUUAGAUGGUAUUAAAGCAUUUGUAGAAAAUUCUUCAGUGCCAUUGCCAUUAGAUUGGUCUACAGCAUGGCGUAUGCAUAUUCAAAACAAUUAUGUUGCUGUUAGUAUCGUACGCGAAGCAGGUGUCGUCGAUAAUAAUAGACAACAAGCACAAAUGAAUUUAGGUGACAUUUUUUCGAAAGUCGGUGGUUUAACGGGUCUAUGGAUUGGUCUUAGUUUUCUUUCAAUGAUGGAGGUAAUUGAAAUGCUCUGGCGACUUAUUAAUUAUCAGUGUCAUCUAAUUCUAUCAGCAAUGCGCAACAAAAGAUAG